ACGUGGAUGCCCCCGACAGGAAGACAGGCUUCAUUUUGGCUACGUGGAAGUAGCUCCUGGUAUAUCCAAGGCUGAGAGCAUCUGCCGACCUCCAAUCACUUAAAAUGAUUAAAAAAUUUGAUAAGAAAGACGAAGAGUCUGGAAGUGGGUCAAACCCUUUCCAACACUUGGAGAAGAGUGCAGUCCUGCAAGAGGCUCGUAUCUUCAAUGAGACCCCUAUCAAUCCAAGAAGAUGCCUCCACAUCCUCACCAAGAUUAUCUACCUUCUCAAUCAGGGAGAGCAUUUUGGGACCACAGAAGCCACUGAGGCUUUCUUUGCUAUGACACGGCUGUUCCAGUCUAAUGAUCAAACCCUGAGGAGGAUGUGCUACCUGACUAUCAAAGAGAUGGCAAACAUCUCUGAGGAUGUCAUCAUUGUCACAAGCAGCUUAACCAAAGACAUGACUGGGAAGGAAGAUGUAUACAGAGGUCCAGCCAUCAGAGCCCUGUGCAGGAUUACAGAUACCACCAUGCUGCAGGCCAUUGAAAGGUACAUGAAGCAGGCUAUUGUGGACAAAGUGCCCAGUGUGUCCAGUUCAGCUCUGGUCUCCUCUUUGCACAUGGUGAAGAUGAGCUACGAUGUUGUGAAGCGCUGGGUGAAUGAGGCCCAGGAGGCUGCCUCUAGUGACAACAUCAUGGUCCAGUACCACGCUCUCGGCCUGUUGUAUCAUCUCAGGAAGAACGAUCGCCUCGCUGUGACUAAGAUGCUCAACAAGUUCACCAAGUCGGGCCUGAAGUCCCCCUUUGCCUACUGCAUGCUGAUCCGCAUUGCCAGCAAACUGCUGGACGAGACGGAGGGAGGUCAUGACAGCCCCUUGUUUGACUUCAUCGAGAGCUGCUUGAGGAACAAGAACGAGAUGGUCGUUUAUGAGGCUGCUUCUGCCAUUGUCCACAUGCCCAACUGUACUGCCAGGGAGCUGGCUCCUGCUGUCUCAGUGCUCCAGCUCUUCUGCAGCUCCCCUAAAGCAGCCUUGAGAUAUGCUGCUGUUAGGACCCUCAAUAAGGUUGCCAUGAAGCAUCCGUCGGCGGUGACGGCGUGCAAUCUGGACCUGGAGAACCUGAUCACUGAUUCGAACCGCAGCAUUGCAACCCUGGCCAUCACCACGCUAUUGAAAACGGGCAGCGAGAGUAGCGUGGACCGGCUCAUGAAACAGAUCUCCUCUUUCGUCUCUGAGAUUUCUGAUGAAUUCAAGGUGGUGGUUGUGCAGGCCAUCAGCGCCCUAUGUCAGAAGUAUCCCAGGAAGCACAGCGUCAUGAUGAACUUCUUGUCCAACAUGCUGAGAGAUGAUGGUGGUUUUGAGUACAAGCGAGCCAUCGUGGACUGCAUCAUCAGCAUCAUUGAGGAGAAUCCUGAGAGCAAAGAGACGGGCUUGGCCCAUCUGUGUGAGUUCAUUGAGGACUGUGAGCACACAGUGCUGGCCACAAAGAUCCUGCACCUGAUGGGCAAAGAGGGUCCACGGACCCCGCAGCCCUCCAAGUACAUUCGCUUUAUAUUCAACCGGGUGGUGCUGGAGAGCGAGGCGGUUCGUGCAGCUGCUGUGAGCGCUUUGGCUAAAUUUGGAGCUCAGAAUGAUGAUCUGCUGCCGAGCGUCCUGGUUCUCAUGCAGAGGUGUAUGAUGGACAGCGACGACGAGGUGCGAGACAGAGCUACUUUCUACAUGAACGUGCUGCAGCAGAAGCAGAAAGCUCUGAAUGCUGCGUACAUCUUUAAUGGGCUGUCUGUGUCCAUUCCUGGCUUGGAAAAAUCCCUCCACCAGUACACCCUGGAGCCCUCAGAGAAGCCUUUUGACAUGAAGUCUGUACCUCUGGCGACCACUCCAAUCACAGAGCAGAAAACCGAAAUUGCUCCUGUUGCUACCAGCAAACUGCCAGAAAGGUUGGCCCCAUCACGCCAGGACAUCUACCAGGAACAACUUGCCUCCAUCCCAGAAUUCCAGGCUCUCGGCCCGUUAUUCAAGUCGUCAGAGCCAGUACAGCUGACCGAGGCUGAGACAGAAUAUGUGGUUCGCUGCAUCAAGCACACAUUUGCCCGACACCUGGUGUUCCAGUUCGACUGUACAAACACUCUCAACGACCAGUUGCUACAAAAGGUGAUGGUGCAGAUGGAGCCAUCAGAAUCCUAUGAGGUGGUACACUACAUCCCAGCCCCCAACCUCCCCUACAGCCAGCCUGGUUCCUCGUACACUUUGGUGCGGCUGCCUGAUGAUGACCCGACGGCGGUGUCCUGUACAUUCAGCUGUACAAUGAAGUACCUGGUGAGGGACUGCGACCCCAACACCGGAGAGCCUGACGAUGACGGCUAUGAUGAUGAAUAUGUGCUGGAGGACCUGGAGGUGACGGUCGCGGAUCACAUACAGAAAGUUUUGAAACCAAACUUCGGAGCAGCGUGGGAGGAAGUGGGAGAUGAAAAUGAGAAGGAAGAGACGUUUGCCCUGGCAUCUGUGCGAACACUAGAUGAGGCGGUGGGUAACAUCAUCAGCUUCCUGGGAAUGCAGCCAUGUGAACGCUCUGACAAAGUUCCUGAAAACAAGAACUCCCACGUCCUCUUUCUCGCUGGUGUGUUUCGAGGAGGUCAUGACGUGCUGGUUCGGGCUCGUCUGGCGCUGGCUGAUGGCGUCACCAUGCAGGUGACCGUUCGCAGCAGUGAGGAAACCGUUGUUGAUGUGAUCCUGGCCUCUGUGGGCUAACACUAGAAAUCUGUGCCAACGCAGCCACAAAGCAUGUAACGACCGUCAUCCACCACUUCCUCAGUCCUGAAGUUUAACUCGUUAUUGUGAUUAUGUCCACCAGUAAAAAUGUUUUAUAUCUUCCAUAUAAACUAAAACCCUCCCCACACUUCUGGUUCUGUGAAAAUAUUGUUUCUUUCAACUUCACAAUAAACUUUGUCAAAAGGCA